ACCAACUUGUGCGUGACGCCUCACGGAUUUGGGCUUUUACGCCCUACACUACUUCCAGUCCCUGCCUCAGGACCGCCACCAUCAUGCGUGUCUUCUCCUCUCUCGCCCUUCUGGUCGGGCUCAGCACUGUUGCCGAUGCCGGUACUUAUGACUGCCCUGGCAAAGAAUGUAAGAAAAGCGCCUCGUCUUAUUGCAGCUCUUACAUGAAGGUGCCAAAGACAACAACCACCAUAUACAAGGGGCGGACAGUGACGAGCUCCUACUCUACCACCAGAACGAAGGGCACGAAGACCAUUACUGUUGCCCCAACAACUGUCAAGGUGACCGAGACCUCGACGUCCACAGUGACGCGAAAAACUGUCAUUGAGACCGACACAACAUCCACUGUGACAGUUAAACCCACCUGCUCUGCGCCUUCAUUACUUCCGGAGCUCCGCCGUCGCAGCUAUCCUCCCUCAUAUAGUGUGCCCAAACCGAAAUGCUUCAGUGCCUACAAGGGCAAGAAAGCUAUCAGCUCGGCCUGCAAAUGUGUCGAUGUAAAGCCAAGUGCAACUACUGUGUUCAGCACUUUUACCACGACCAAGAAAAUUACGUCCACUACUACUGUUAACAAGAGCACUGUCACGGAGACUCCCACCGUUACCGAGAAGACCAUUACCACUGCUCCGCCCACGACCACCACUGAGACUGAGAUCAAAACUACCAAGACCGAUAGCACCACUGUGACCUCCGGCCGCCCUGUUCUCCCAACAGGAGCCUUCAACAUCGUACUCGGCAACCCUCAACCAGCUACUCCCCCCAAUCCAGACAACAUUGGCGCUGUAGAAGGCCUCCGAGCCGUCGUAGGCAGCGGCGAAACCGUCAGCACCAUCGAAUUCAUUUCUCCAGCUGAACUCGGCCCCACCACGUUCUCCCUCAACGACAAUGGCAAUCUAUUCUCCGAGGGCCAAACACUGCAAGCUUUCAUCAGCAACACCCAAGGCAACAACCCGCAACAACUCAGCUUUGCGGGUUUCGAUUCAGAUGGCACAACGUUCCCAGAGGGGUCGAGCGCGGUGUUUUGUGAGAUGCUUGAUAACGGAAACGAUGACAACACAUGCGAGAUUUCUUGCGGGAGUAGCCCGGGAGAGGUGCCUCAACUUCGGGAAAGCAGAAGACGGAAACGUCAAAUUAUUCCCGAGCCUGAUGAUGGGGAGACGGAGCCGAUUCCGUCGUUUGUUGUUAAUCCUUUGUCUUGCGGGCUAGGGAAUACGUACUUCCUUGGCGAUGGGGAGGAUUUUGAGAGUGAUCUCGGCGCUUGUAUUCAAAUUAGCGCUUUUGUUGUUCCUGCUGCUGCUGCUGCUGGUGGUGGUGGUGGUGAUUCUCAAUAG